AUGGUCUCCGAAUCAGACAUCAACUAUUUACGCCGUUGCGUAGACCUAGCCCGUGAAGCUCUCGAAGCGGGCGAUUCCCCAUUCGGGUCAGUUUUAGUGGACGCCGCCGGGAAGGUUAUCUACGAGGAUCGCAACCGCACCGUGACCGAAGCAGACGUCACCUGGCACCCAGAGUUCACAAUCGUCAAGUGGGCGCAGAAGAACCUGACUCCGACGGAGCGCGCCGCUGCCACAGUCUACACUUCGGGUGAGCACUGUCCAAUGUGCGCGGCUGCUCAUGCAAACGCGGGCUUGGGGCGAAUUGUGUACGCGAGCUCUACUGCUCAAUUUGUGCAGUGGAGGAUGGAGAUGGGCAUAAAACCUGGUCCGGUUGCCCCGUUGUCGAUCAAUCAGGUGGCACCGGAUCUACUUGUUGAUGGCCCGGCUCUGGGUCUGGAUGAGGAGGUUCGGGGGUUGCAUCAGAGGAAGCAGGCGAGAAGUGUAUCGUAA